AUGUAUAAAUCAAAGAUUUUUCGAAGAGGCCAUAACGCACCGGCGUUCCUCGGAUUCGAGUCACAGGAUUUGUCGAACAUUGCGUACGGAGAUUUGCACGUGCCGUCAAUCGCGCUAAAGGACAUUCCCGUGCAACGCGAGCAACUCCGGCUAAAGCUGUGCUAUGGGAACAAAAAAGUGACGACUUUCAACGCGGAUCUCUCGCAGAAACAAGUACUUUUACUAUUAGUUUCUGUAAAAUUGAUC